GAGAGGCUUCGGAGGGGGGUGGGGGCUGUAGUUGCCUCCCGCGGGGCUGACUGACCCCUCCCCUCCCCUCACCCAUGACGUAGUUGGAAUGUGGUCUCCGGCGGUUCCAACCACUGGCAGGGGGGUCCGGGUCCGUCCCGCGACUGCGCAAGCGCGAGUGCUGUCUCCGCUGCCCGGUGGUGAGGGGCGUGGCGUCGUGACGUCUGCGCGCCCCAUUCGGAGGGCCGCGGCCUGAGGUGGCCGGGCGGCGGGGGGGCGCUCGCGCGGGGCGGGCGUGACCAGGUUGAAGGCACGGUUGGAAAGACGGCAAGAUGAGUAGUCGACGAAAGCGUGUGCCGCCCUCCAGGGUAGAUGAGGAGAAAAAGAAGCAGCUCUGCUGGAAUAUGCAUGAAGAUCGAAGGAAUGAGGUGAUGACUGAUGACACGAAUGAAGAUGACUCUGUUCCAGCUCCCAGCACGUCUUCUUCAUCCUUCAUUGUUAUAAAUGAUGAUAGCAUUGAUGAAGAACUGACUCCCAGCGAAAACAGUGGUUCAAAGUUGGUGAGCUUCUCGACUAUUACAGAUGGAGAAGAUUUCUGCUCCAACUUUACCCCUUUAUCCAUACAGCUCAAUAUUAUGGUCUCACCUUAUUGUGCAGACAGUUCCUGGAAAGCUUUGCUUGGAGAGUUUGCUCUUGAGCUGCUUCCUGAACAAAUUUUGAUUGAUAAGAUCCAUGAAAGGAGUUUCUCUUUGAUUAGAACAGAUUCUGGUGGUCAGCUACAGAUCUGUGUUGAUGCAAAAAAUGGAGAAGAUGACAGUGAUAAAGAUAAAGAAGACCUGAAUGAUUAUGAACAAGGCAUUCUGGUGGAAUCAUCUUUAAGUAGUGAAAUAUUAGAAGGUUUGAGGUGGUUGCAAAAGAAGAGGGUAAUUGGACUUUAUCAAAGGCCUGAGGAGGAUCAGGCUUUAAAGGUUGGUAUUUACCUUCUGGAAACUGGUUUAAGCAAACUAGAGUUUCUCAGUGACGCAGGUGGAAGACCAAAAAAAGCUAACCACCUGAUUCAGAAACUGAUGGAAGAGUUCUACAGUUUUAGAAUUCCAGUCAGUGCCGAGGGGUGGGGACCCAUGAAGUGCAGCCAACAGUCAAACUGGCGGCCACCCCUUCGUCCCUCUUUCCCCGGGUCCUCUUCGCCAGUCAGUGCCGAGGGGCCACUGCGAAAUGACUGCGAAAUCAGCUCUUCAGGUCAUGACCAAGCUGCAAAAACUGCUUUUUCACGCCAUGAAUUAGAUGUGCUGGAGGAAGAUGAGGAAGAAUCUGAUAGAGAACUAGAGCGACAGAAUAUUGAAGAGCUAUAUGACUUUGUGAGGCAUACACAUCAGCAGGAAAGUCAGUUGUUGAGGGAGGAUGUACAGCACCCUGCACUUAUUCCCAUAUUGAGGCCAUACCAAAGUGAGGCUGUGAACUGGAUGCUGCAACGGGAGAAUUUCAGAAGCACCUCUACCAGUGAAAAUACUCUUCACUUUUUAUGGCGAGAGAUCAUCACUCUAGAUGGAGUGAAAAUCUACUAUAAUCCAUUUAUUGGCUGCAUUAUCCGUGAAUAUCCAGUUGCUGGGCCUCAGUGGCCUGGAGGAAUUCUGGCUGAUGAAAUGGGUCUUGGGAAGACAGUAGAAGUACUGGCUCUUAUUCUGACACACACACGACAAGAUAUUAAACAGGAUGCUCUAACCUUACCUGAGGGUAAACUAGUGAACUUCUUUGUUCCACCCCAACCUAAUGAAGGAAGCAAAAAGAAAAGAGCAAAGAAAAUAGAGCUUAAAUUGAAGGAAAAAAUACAGUAUCCCAGUUUACGAGUGAUGAUAUUAACAGCUGUGAAAGAAAUGAAUGUGAAGAAGGGAGCUUCCAUCAUUGCAAUAUUUAAGUAUAUUAGUGCCAUAUACAAGUAUGACAUACAGAGAAAUCGAAGGCUUCUUAAAAGGACUUUGGAGAAACUAAUUGCAGACCAAGUAGUAGAACAGGUCAAAGGCCAUGGAUUGGCUGGAUCUUUUAAGUUAGGGAAGAAUUACAAGGAACAGAAAAGGCGAGAAAAAAACAAAGAGCAGGUAACAAAGAGUUCUGAAAGGAUUCAGAAGAAAUGUUUGCCUGAUGCUAAAACUCAAACCAAAGAUUUGGCAAGUAGGAAAGCAGCCACUGAAAAUGUCCUUAAAUCACCACAGUUUGGCAACAUCACUCCAGAGGAGCAUGACUAUUGUACAACUACCAGAAAUAAUAGAAAGUCUGAGACGGGUCAUAAAACCUGCAUCAAAGAACAAAAUUCUCCAAAAGUUAUAGACCUAGAGUCUGACUUGCAAAGAAACCUCCUUGUGUCCAGUGACACCACCAAUUCUACUUUUAUUAGUAUGCCUAAAAAAUCAGACGAUGAUGAAGUCCAGCAAGACUUCUCGGAGGGCCAGUGCUCAGGCUCCCAAGGCCAAGUCAGCAGUGCUGUACAGCAUGCCAGUUCUGUAUAUCCAUUCAAUACUUCUGACUACCGUUUUGAAUGCAUUUGUGGUGAACUUGGGUUGGUUGAUUAUAAAGCCCGCGUGCAGUGCCUGAAGUGCCACCUGUGGCAACAUGCUGAGUGUGUAAACUACAAAGAAGAAAACUUGAAGGUCAAGCCUUUUUACUGUCCUCAUUGCUUAGUAGCAAUGAAACCAGUUUCCACAGGAGCAACUCUGAUAAUCUCUCCAAGUUCUAUCUGUCAUCAGUGGGUGGAUGAGAUCAACAGGCAUGUGAGAUCAUCUUCCCUUCGAGUCCUGGUAUAUCAAGGUGUGAAGAAACACGGAUUCUUGCAGCCUCAUAUGUUGGCAGAACAGGAAAUAGUCAUCACCACAUAUGAUGUCCUACGCACUGAACUUAACUAUGUGGACAUCCCUCACAGCAACAGUGAAGAUGGACGCCGUUUCAGGAACCAGAAGCGGUAUAUGGCCAUCCCAAGCCCCUUAGUAGCGGUGGAGUGGUGGAGGAUAUGCCUAGAUGAAGCACAGAUGGUUGAAUGCACUACAGCAAAGGCUGCUGAAAUGGCACUUCGCUUGAGUGGAAUCAACCGCUGGUGUGUCAGCGGCACUCCUGUGCAACGAGGAUUAGAAGAUCUAUAUGGGUUAGUUCUUUUUCUUGGAGUUGAUCCUUACUGGGUCAAACAUUGGUGGGAUCAGCUUUUGUAUCGACCUUACUGUAGGAAAAAUCCUCAGCCUCUCUACAGCCUCGUUGCCAAGAUAAUGUGGAGGUCAGCAAAGAAGGACGUGAUUGACCAAAUUCAAAUACCCCCUCAGACAGAGAAUGUUCACUGGCUUCACUUUUCUCCUGUGGAGAGACACUUCUAUCAUCGCCAGCAUGAGGUGUGCUGCCAGGAUGCGUUAGUAAAACUCCGCAAAAUUUCUGAUUGGACUCUUAAGCUUAGCAGUUUGGAUAGAAGGACGGUCACUUCCAUUUUGUACCCUUUGUUGCGGCUGAGACAGGCUUGCUGUCAUCCACAGGCUGUCCGUGGGGAAUUCUUGCCAUUACAGAAAAGCACUAUGACCAUGGAGGAACUACUAACAUCGCUGCAGAAGAAAUGUCGAACAGAGUGCGAGGAAGCGCAUCGACAACUAGUGUGUGCCCUUAAUGGCUUAGCUGGUAUCCAUAUCAUUAAAGGUGAAUAUGCAUUGGCUGCAGAGCUGUACAGAGAGGUGUUGCGUUCUUCUGAAGAGCACAAAGAAAAGCUCAAAACAGAUUCCUUACAAAGACUACACUCAACACACAACCUUAUGGAACUGCUGGUCGCGAAACAUCCAGGGAUACCACCAACCUUGCGAGAUAGCAGGCUUGAAGAAGAGGCUAAACAACUUAGACAACAUUAUAUGAGUAAAUCCAAUGCAGAAGUUGCAGAAGCUCAUCAGGCGUUGCAGCCAGUUCUGCAGACCAUUCGGGAGCUCCAGAGAAAGGUUACGAAACGCCUGGACACAGGAGGAGGGGUGGAUGUCGUAUACUUGGACUUCAGGAAGGCCUUCAAUACGAUACAUUCUGGUUCGCCUUGGUGGUUGGAUGCGAUCCAGACAGCAAUACAAUAUGCCAUUGAUGAGGAGCUUGUUCAGCGUGUGCAAAAUGAGAUAACCAGCAACUACAAACAGCAAACGAAUAAACUCUCCAUGGCAGACAAGUUCCGUGAUUGUAGAGGCCUUCAAUACCUGCUCACAACUCAGCUAGAAGAAGUGAAGAAGUUCCAAAAGCUUGUAAGAGAAGCUGUCAAAAACCUAGAAGGCCCCCCUUCAAAGGAAGUUAUUGAGGCUGCCACUAUCUGCCAUUUGCGGCCUGUUAGACUUCCUCUCAACAACUGUGUCUUCUGUAAGGCUGAUGAGUUGUUCACAGACUAUGAGUCAAAGCUGUUCUCUCAUACUGUGAAAGGUCAGAUGGCUAUUUUUGAGGAGAUGAUAGAAGAUGAAGAAGGGCUUGUUGAUGAUCGUUUACCCACUACAAGCCGAGGACUUUGGGCAGCAAGUGAGACAGAGCGUGCCUUGAAAGCCAUACUCUCUUUUGCCAAAGCUCACCGUCUGGAUGCUAAACUAACUGAAGAGGGCAACACAUUUCUGGAGCUCUUUGAAGCAUGGAAGAAGGAAUACAAGUUACUUCAUGAAUAUUGGAUGGUACUGAGGGAUCAUGUGUCUGCUAUCGAUGAACUUGCCAUGGCCACAGAACGGCUAAGAGUGCGUCAUCCUGAUGAGCCCAAGCCUAACCCUCCAGUACUUCACAUCAUAGAACCACAUGAGGUAGAGCAAAAUCGAGUGAAACUUUUGAAUGACAAGGCAGUUGCCAAAUCCCAGCUUCAGAAGAAACUAGGCCAGCUCCUGUAUCUCACUAAUUUAGAGAAGUCUCAGGAUAAAACCACUGGUGGAGUUAAUCCAGAACCCUGUCCAAUUUGUGCUCGCCAACUGGGAAAGCAGUGGGCAGUUCUGACUUGUGGGCAUUGCUUCUGCAAUGAAUGUAUAGCUAUAAUUAUAGAACAGUACAGUGUUGGCACCCGCAGGAGUUCGAUUAAGUGUGCCAUCUGCAGACAGACAACCUCUCAUAAAGAAAUAUCUUACGUCUUCACUGCAGAGACUGCAAACCAAGAAGAUGAUAUUCCUGUGAAGGGAAGCCAUUCCACCAAAGUGGAAGCUGUGGUACGGACUCUGAAGAAAAUCCAAUGUAAAGAUCCAGGGGCUAAAUCUUUGGUUUUCUCAACGUGGCAAGAUGUACUGGAUAUAAUUUCAAAAGCUCUGUAUGAUAACAACAUGGUGUUUGCUCAGAUCAAUGGAAUUAGUAAAUUUCAGGAAAAUCUUUCAGCAUUUAAAUAUGACCCCAAGAUCAAUAUUUUGCUCUUGCCCCUACAUACUGGUUCCAAUGGAUUAAACAUAAUUGAAGCAACUCAUGUCCUGCUGGUCGAACCAAUUCUGAAUCCUGCUCAUGAGCUUCAGGCGAUUGGCAGAGUGCACCGCAUUGGCCAAACAAAGCCCACCAUUGUGCACAGGUUCUUAAUAAAAGCAACAAUAGAAGAAAGGAUGCAGAUGAUGCUGAAAACUGUGGAGAGAAGCCACACUAGUUCUUCCAUGAAACAGUCAGAAGCCUCAGUUUUGACAGUCGCUGAUCUGGCAGACCUUUUUACAGAGGAAACUGAAGAACUUGAAUGAAAAGUCUUUGGCUUGACCCAGUGAGAUCUCUUGGGAAAUGAUGUGACAUUGAGUGUCUGUAUAAAAUCAUUAGGACUGUCAUAAAUCUCUGUAUAUGUCAUCCAACAUUCACCCUAGCUAGGGUUCCUAAAAUUAGUAAGAUCCUUUAAUCAUUACCAUUGAUUUUGAGUCCUUAGAACAUCUUUUCUGAUAGCACUGGAGAGAGAUUGCACUUUGCACAUUAUACAAAAAGAUGGAUUUUAUUUUCAAAGAAUAUGAUUGAUUCUCAGGCUGAAAUCUUUGCCUGCUGAGGUCAGUGGGAGUUUUGCCACUGACCUGGAUUGGUCAGUAUUUCAUUCCAGUUGAGUAAAUCUGUGAGGAUGGUGGGAGGGUGGGGAACAGUAAAACAGGUAACAAACUAUUUGCUGUGGUCUUUUUAACUGUACAAAGCAUUGGCCAGAAUGAAUUCCUUUGUAAAUAAAUAUCCCCCUAGAAAGGACUUCUGUUGUACUUAGUGUUUAAUAAGUCACUCAAGUAUUGAAAUAACCCUUCUUAUUUGUUAAUACUCACUUAUGAAUCAUUACUAGUGAGUUUGUUGUUCAUGGUAGUCUUCCAGGUAUUCUAUUAUGUAACAGCAUAAAAUUGCAUUAUAACUUAAAUUUGUUCCAUGUUCACUUUCUGCAGAGUUGAUUAAUUAAAUUAUGGCUCUUGUAUGUAUAUGGGUCUUAAAAUGAUAGUUAAAUACUACUGUAUACAUUUUUAAAGAUACUUAAAGCCAUGCUUUAAUCACUUAGUGAUUUGUUGUAAGAAUUUGGAGUCCUUUGUAACAGAAUUUUAAAAAAGUAACUGGUUAAGCUACCCAUAAUUUUAUACUCUUUUGGUGCCUGUCUAUUUUUUUGUUGUUCUUCAUCUACUCAUUUACCUUUUCCCAGAAGGUUUUUACAGCCAGAAGGUGGCAUAUAAAAUGAAUAGGUCUUACAGCAUUCGUAGUUAAGAUAUUUGUACCCGACAUGGAGAUUCAGUAAUUUUAUUAUGUAUUAAAAAUACAGUUUUAUCUUCUUCA